UAUCUUUUAUUUGACUUGCUACCGACCAACGAGGAAUUUGGCAUCGAGCAGAAACAACAUGGCCGAUGAUCUGGACAUUGAGGCGAUGCUAGAGGCUCCUUACAGAAAGACUUGCCUAACGAUUUCUCACCUCUACUCCCCUGAAUGCCAGUGUGAUCUAUCACAGACAUGAAGGGCCCUUCAGAGGAGUCCCAUCAACCCAAAAUCAGCCCAACAUCCACUGAGGAAGAAGAGUCCGAGUUGGACUGUGGCGUGUCUGUCUGCUGCCGGAUCUCCAGCCGGCUGCCCGACUGACCUGACCUCUGACCCCCUCCCCCAGCACACAAAGCAGUCUGUUUUAAUGACGACAAGAUGGGCAGCCCCGAUGGCGGGGAGGAACAUUCCAAGAGCAGGAAGAAGCGCAGCCGCAGUCGUGACCGGAGGCGCAGCAAGAGUCGAGAACGAAAGAGAAGUCGCAGCCGCGAGCAAAAACGCAGCAAGGAAAGACGGCGGAGUCGUAGCAGAGAGCGCCGCCGCAGUCGCGAGAGGGGAGGGCGCUACAGAGAUUAUAACAAAUCGCAAGGGAGGAAGCGGUCAAAGAGCAGAAGUCCCAUCAGGAGGGAAAGGAGUCCAAACAGGUUGCCAACCGACAACUUGACUCCAGAAGAGCGAGAUGCCAGGACUGUGUUCUGCAUGCAGCUGGCAGCCCGCAUUCGACCUCGAGACCUGGAAGACUUUUUCUCUGCUGUAGGCAAGGUCCGAGACGUCAGGAUGAUUUCAGACAGGAACUCGCGCAGGUCAAAGGGUAUUGCUUACAUCGAGUUUGUGGAAGCCAGUUCUGUUCCUCUGGCCAUUGGUCUGACUGGGCAAAGGCUGCUGGGAGUUCCUAUCAUUGUGCAGGCCUCACAGGCUGAGAAGAACAGAGCGGCCGCUGCAGCCGCAGCAGCCAACAACCUGCAGAAAGGAUCGUCAGGACCGAUGAGGCUUUACAUUGGUUCGCUGCACUUCAACAUCACAGAGGAGAUGCUGAGAGGAAUCUUUGAGCCGUUUGGCAGGAUUGAAGGAAUCCAGCUGAUGAUGGACACAGAGACGGGACGUUCCAAAGGAUAUGGCUUCAUCACAUUUGCAGACGCAGAGUGCGCUAAGAAAGCGCUGGAGCAGCUCAAUGGCUUCGAACUAGCAGGUCGACCCAUGAAGUUGGGGCACGUGACAGAGAGGAGCGAUGGCUCUAGCGCUGCCUCGUUUCUUGACAACGACGAGCUGGAUCGCAGCGGCAUCGACCUCGGAACAACCGGACGCUUGCAGCUCAUGGCCCGCCUGGCAGAGGGUACGGGCCUGCAGAUCCCUCCUGCUGCCCAGCAGGCACUGCAGAUGAGUGGAGCCAUUGCUAUAGGAGCAAUGGCAGCCGUCUCAGCUGCCAUGAAUCCAGGUCUCAACCUCAACAUGAACCCCCCGGCUCUGAGCCUUCCUUCUCAGCCUUUGGCCACACACUGCUUCCAGUUGUCCAACAUGUUCAACCCCAACAGUGAGGAACAUCCUGGUUGGGAAGUUGACAUCCAGCAUGAUGUCAUAGAGGAGUGUAACAAACACGGUGGAGUCGUGCACAUCUACGUCGACAGGAAAUCAUUGGAGGGAAACGUGUACGUAAAGUGUCCAUCCCUCCCCGCCGCCAUGGCGGCUGUCAGUGCUCUUCAUGGACGAUACUUUGCAGGCAAGAUGAUCACUGCGGCGUAUGUCCCUCUGCCAACCUACCACAACCUGUUUCCAGAGGCCGCCACGGCCACACAGUUGCUAGCCCCACCCCCACGCCGAUGACUGGACAUGUUUUAGUGUGUUCGGAUACACAGUAAGCUACUUCCUGUUUGCGUUUGGUUCAAAUGCUGUGGGUGUGGCCUCCAUCGAGCUCCACCUGUACAGUCCAAUGAGUGAGCUCUGUGAGCUGUGAGGAGGCAGUUUUCUAGUCAUGUUGAUUUUGUAAAACCCUUGAUUAAACUUUAUUUUCAAGUCACAAAGAGACA